CACGGAGCUCAGAGCAGAGCUCAAACGGUGUCUUGGGAGCUCUCUUACUGUCUUCUCCUCUCUUCUCUCCUUCUUUCCCUCUAAUGGCGGAUUCUUGUGGAAUUUUUCUUCUUGGUUUUAUGUUUCUUGUUUCCUUCUCGGUGACGGGUGUGAGUGGGGCGAAGUUUGAUGAGGUGAUUCAGGCGAGCUGGGCCUCGGACCACAUGAUUUAUGAUGGAGAGCUUCUCAAGCUUAAGCUUGAUAACUUCUCUGGUGCUGGAUUUGCCUCUAAAAGCAAGUAUUUGUACGGCAAGGCCACGGCUGAGAUUAAGCUGGUCGAAGGAGACUCCGCCGGAACCGUCACUGCCUUCUAUAUGUCAUCGGACGGCGCGAACCACCACGAGUUCGACUUCGAGUUUCUGGGGAACACGACGGGGGAGCCGUACCUGGUCCAGACCAACAUGUACGUGAACGGGAUCGGCAAUAGGGAGCAGCGGAUGGAUUUAUGGUUCGACCCAACUGCCGACUUCCACGCAUACUCCAUCCUCUGGAACCCGCGCCAGGUGGUCUUCCUCGUCGACGACACCCCGAUCCGCGUCUACGCGAAUCGCGAGGCCCGCGGUAUCAUGUUCCCGCGGGACCAGCCGAUGGGGGUGUACAGCUCCAUCUGGAAUGCUGACGAUUGGGCCACUCAGGGGGGCCGGGUGAAGACGGACUGGUCUCACGCGCCGUUCGUGGCCACUUAUCGCAAGGUGCGGAUUGAUGGAUGCGAGUGGGGGGCCGGAGAUGAAUGGACGGCGGAGAUUAAAAGAUGCAGCGGUGGCGAGUGGGGGAAGGAGGGGAGGUACUGGUGGAAGGAGAAGGAGAUGGAGGCGCUGAGCGUGCAUCAGAGCCAUCAGUUGAUGUGGGCUCGGGCCAAGCAUCUGGUGUAUGAUUACUGUGCUGAUACGGCCAGGUUCCCUGUACCACCGGCUGAGUGCAAGGUAUGAUGGAGGAUGGAUGGUGGGUGAUGGAGGAGGGGUGUUUGGAUUUUAGCUGGUACAAGAAGAGUUAGGGGCGAACUGCUGGUUCUUUGGUUGGUUGUUUUAUGUCUUGGUUCAUUAGGGGUUGGUGGUAUGGAAUUUGAUAAAAGAAGAUGAACUUUUCUUUUUAUAGA